GGAAGUGCCGGGCGGUCACGUGGGCGGCCAUGGCGGAGCCCAAGCUCCGCGUGAACGCGGCGUUCGCGGAGCGCUACGGGCGGUACCGGCGGCGGGAGGAGCUGCAGCGCCUGCGGGACCGCUAUGGGGACAGCGGCGACAGCGACAGCGACAGCUCCGAGUCCAGCGGGGACGACGUGGCCCUGGACCCCCGGGAGGAGCGGGAGUUCUACCGGACCCUGGCGCUGCUGAAGACGCGGGACCCCCGGAUUUACCGGGCGGACACCACGUUCUACACCCGGGAAGAAUCCGAGGAGGAGGAGGAUGGUGAGGAGGAGGAGGAGGAAGAGCGCCCAGCCAAGCCGAUGUUCCUGAAGGAUUACGAGAGGAAGGUGGUGCUGGAGAAGGAAGGCAAAUACGUGGACGAGGAGGAUGAGGAGGAUGAAGAGGCGGCAGCCAAGCGGAGGAAGGUCGAAGCCUCCCAGAGUUACGCGGAAGAGCAGCGGGCGCUGAAGGAGAGUUUCCGAGCCUUCGUGGCCGACAGCGAGGAGGAGGAGGAGGAGGAGGAGGGAGGGGCCCUGCUCCGGCCACGAGUCCGAUCCCAGGAGGAGAAGGAGCGGGAGGAGGAGCAGUACCUGCGCUGGCUGCGGGGCCAGGCCGAGGCCCCCCCGGAGCCGCUGCAGGACCUGGAGCCCCUGCAGAAGUUCUGGUCGGACCCGGCGCUGGAGCCGGGCGAGCGAUUCCUGCGGGAUUAUCUCCUGGGCAGCGGCUUCCGCGAGGAGGAGGAGGAGGAGGGGGACGAGGGGGCAUCCCUCCCCUCCCUGGACGACUCCUCAGACGAGGGAGAGCAGUUCCUGCAGCGGCAGCAGGAAUUCGAGCGCCGGCACAAUUUCCGCUUCGAGGAGCCGGGAGCGGCUCAGAUCCAGACGUUCCCACGCCACAUCCCCACCUCGGUGCGGCGCCGGGACGAGCGGCGCAAGGAGAAGCGGGAGCAGAUCCGCGAGAGGAAGAAGAAGGAUCGGGCGCGGCGCCGGGAGGAGCUGAAGCAGCUGAAGAACCUGAAACGGCAGGAGCUGGCCGCCCGCAUCGCCCGCAUCCGCGACGCCUCCGGCUCCGACGCCUUCGGCCUCACCGACUCCCUGCUCCAGGAGGAUUUCGACCCCGCCCGCCACGACCGCCUCAUGGCCGAAUGGUUCGGGGAGGAAUACUACGGCCGGGGCGAGGAGGAGAAGCCGCAGUUUGAGGAGGAGGAGGGGCUGGAUGAUGAGUGGAACUGGGACGCCUGGACGGGGCGGGAAGAGGGGGAGCCCCAGGCAGAGCCGCACUGCGAGGACCCCGACUUUGUGAUGGACGCGGAUUACGUCCCCGAGGCCCCCCUGGACCCCGUGGCCCCCCCAGCCCGGGCCCCCCCCGAGGUGUCCUUUGGGAAGAAGCGGCGGAAAACAAAGUUCCGGGAGGCCCUGGAGCGGGAGAAGCCCCCGUUCGACCCCGCCUCCGGCCCCUUCGAGCAGUACCUGGACGAGUUCUACGCCCUCGACUUCGAGGACAUGGUUGGGGACCUCCCCUGUCGCUUCAAGUACCGCCGGGUCCUGCCCUGCGACUUCGGCCUCACCACGGACGAGAUCCUGGCAGCCGAUGACAAAGAGCUGAACCGCUGGUGCUCCCUGCGCAAGACCUGCAUGUACCGCUCGGAGCAGGAGGAGCGGCAGGACCAGGCCAAUUACAGCCGGCGGGCGCAGAACCUCGGGAGGAAGCACCAGAUCCUGAGAUCCCUCGUGGCUGACCCUGAGGAGCCGGAGGCAGCGCCGGCGAAGCCGAAAUUUGGGAAGAAACGCCGGGAGAAGAGGAAGCGUCAGGAGGAGGCGGGAAAAGGGGAGCCCCCUGCGGCCCCCCAAAAUCCCGGGGCUCCCCGGCGCCGGGGGGGGGCCCCCCUGGGCGCGGCCGUGCGCUUAGGGGGCCGGGAGUUCAGUGGGAAGAGGCUGGAAGCCUUCGGCCUCAACCCCCGCAGGCUCCGGUUCCGGCAGCUCCAGCGGCAGCGGGGAAAGGAGCGGGGGGAGAAAGCUGGGGAGCCCCCAGAGAAACCCGGGAAAAACUCUGGGAGCAGCGGGAAAACUUCCAGGAGCAGCGGGAAAAUGGCAGCCGUCAAUGGGAAAAAACAGAAACGCAGGAAAAACGCCCCAAGUCCCCAAAAAAACACCUGAAACCC